UGUCGACGUAUUUUUUGCGUCGACGUCAUCGAUUACGUCGACGCGUUGUCCCAGCCCUACAUCUCACAGUUCUGUUCGCCAUCCCAGCCGCCGAGGCCUACAUCAUUGUCGAUGCCUGGUCCCUCCGGAUUCCAGGCAAAUAACGUUACAGCUUCGUCGAGACGGCCUGAUCUUCGGACUACUUUCGGAUCCACUGAGACCUCAAAAUCGGAGGUACUUUGGAUUCUCCACACAGUGACAAAACAUAUGUCACAUAACAGUAACGAUAAUAUUAGUGACCUUUUCCAGGCAAUGUUCCCCGACUCGAACAUUGCGAAAGCGUUUACGUGCGGGCCGAACAAGAUCGCUUAUAUAGCUAGAUUUGGUAUAGCGGACUUCAUCAAGAGAGAUCUAAUAAACACCAUUAGUGGACAGUAUGUCUUGAUGUUCGACGAAAGCUUCAACUCAACCACCAAGUCCAAGCAGCUGGACCUCCACGUUCGUUCCUGGAGCAAUGGAGAGGUGCGGUCGAGAUACAUGGGAUCUCAAUUCAUGGGACAUGGGACAGCGCAGGACCUCCUGAAGCAUAUCGAAGUAAGUGAUGGCCUACUUUACUGAUUGGCCUUGGACGUUUACUUAUCAAUUUGUAGGGCAUGCAAUACAAAUAGGUCUGCAUUUGAACAUCAUGUCAUAGGCCUACCUCAUCUAAGGGAAUAUGCAAAAAUGUAGUGCAUGCAUAUUGUGUAAAAUGUGCAUGUCAUCCUAUGAUCUAUAUGAUGUAACAUUUAUAGCAUCUAUGAGACAAUGUAGCCUACGGAAAUUAAAGCCUAAUUAUUUUUUCAGUCUGCAUAGUUUGAACAUGCGGUGAAAAAGAGUAGUGCAUUCCAGAUUCACAUUCAUAUUCAGCCUGCCAGUUUUAUAGGCUAUUUAUAUUUAACAUACAGCUUUCAAUAUGUUGGUUUCAUCUAUGUACAGUCAUUGGUUCCAUUGAGAUAGUUGAUAGGCUAGAUAAUGUAGAGGGAGAUUCAAAUAUUAGCCUACUUAAAAUUCUUUUAAUAGCUUUGUUUGUUAAGGACACCUGUGGAGAGAAGCUCCUCAGCCUCUCUUUAAUUUCUGUUAAUUUCGUGAUUUAAUUUCUUUCAGUAAUUUUUGAAUGUCUGUUUUAUCAGCUGCAUCAGCUCCAUACUAGAAGAAAGGUUGCCGUUUAACAUGUAGCUGAAUUUAUACAUUUAUGUAAUCUUUAUUUCUUCUUAUUUUCCAAAAGGAGGCAUCGCAUCAAUUGGACCACAGCAGGCUGAUUUCAGUCUCCAUGGAUUCACAAUGUGAAUUUGAAGAUUUUGGACAUACUCCAACAGGACCAUACAGAGAAGUAUGGGGGUGCACAACUGGUGUCCGUCGGCAGCUGUGGACUCCACACACUACAUAACUCCUUCAAGGUGGGAUUUUCGAUGUGGAAUGUGGAUAAAAUUUUAAAGGCCAUGCACACUCUUUUCCACAACGUUCCUGCAAGGAGGGAGGAAUACGAACAAGUCACAAAAUCUACACUGUUUCCCAAGCCAUUUUGUGGCCACAGGUGGCUUGAAAGUCUCCCAGUUGUUGAACGGGCGCUCGAAGUCUGGCCAUCUCUCAUGCUGUACAUGGACGCUGUACACAAUAAACAGCUCCCAAAUCCCAAAACAGCAUCUUUUGACACCAUCGAGGCAGCCAUUAAGGAUCCCCUUACGACAGCGAAGAUGCACUUUUUCAUGACUCUGGCCAGGACCUUCCAUCCGUUCAUGAAGAAAUACCAGACCGAUGAACCUAUGAUGCCUUUCCUUGCCAAAGAUUUGACUGAGUUAAUUAAGAGUCUACUGAGACGCUGUAUUAAGAGAGAGGUCCUCCAGGACAUCACUCCCCUUCAGCUCACCAAGCUUGAUACGUCUGACAAGACCUUGCUCCUCCUCCCCCAGAAGAUUGAUAUUGGCUUGGGUGCUGAGGCAGCAGUCAAGGACAGUAGAAGUGCAGAGCUAAGGAUCCUUGAAUUUAGAAGGGAUUGUAUGCAGGGCCUCUCAAACAUUGUCAGAAAAGCACAGGAGAAGAGCCCCUUGAAAUAUCCGACAGUUAGGCAGAUGGAGUGUCUGGACCCAUCUCUCAUGUUCAGGGACUCAGACAGAUGCAAAAAUCAGAUGAAGGCUCUUGUCCAGACAUUCCUGAAGAACAAGCAGCUGACAGGAGGUGUACCUGCUGGUAGGAAUGGUUUGGAAGGGGUUAUGAACCAUGCUCAACUAUCCUUAGAUUUUCUAUUGGGCUUUAUUCGGACCAUUAGUUGCAGACAUUUGCUCUGACAAUUGACAAUUUCCAAUGUCCUAUCAGGGUAUUGGUUUAGCAUGGAUGUUUCACUUUUGUCAUUUCCCCUUCUGAUUGUCCUGUACCUGUUCUGUGUGCAGUGGCUCAGAUGCACUGAAUAAGUUUCAUACUUUUAUACAGGUUUUUGUUGUAGACAUUUAGAUAUAGUGUCUUUACCUUACACAGGUAUAUAGGAUUUGGUAUACACAUUUCCUUUAUGUGCGUUGGAACAAUACAAAAAUGCAGAGAGAAAAAAGACAGGAGUGACAAUAUUUUCAGUCAUGACUAUGCAUAUUUGACUGACUUCUUAUUUUCUCACACUUUUUUGUAGGGGAUGCCAUUGUCCAACAAUUUGAAUCUUUCCUGUCUGCUGAGGCAAGAAAUUAAGAAUUUCUUUCCUUUCAGCCAUUUGAGAGACGCUUAGACACCUUCUUGUAUGAGAGAUUGAGAGGUCCCUACCCUGCUGCUUGGGUUUUUUGUCAGAAGUUACUGCUCCUUUCACAUGGCCAGGCCACUGUUGAAAGGGGAUUUUCUAUCAACAAGGAGGUGGAGACCGAAAACAUGCAACAGGACACAAUUGUUGCACAAAGGCUCAUAUGUGACUUUGUUACAAUGCAUGGGGAUGCCACUCAGGUCCCCCUUACCAAGGAACUUAUGGCAUCUGUGGGUGCAGCCCGGUCAAAAUACAGACUCUUUCUUGAUCAAGAGCGCAUCAGAAAAGAAAAGGAAUCUCAGAGCAAGAAAAGAAAGCUGGCUGAGCAGUGUCUGGUGGACCUUAAGAAAAGGAAGACAAACUUAGAAAAUGUGUGUGCCUGUCUUGUCAGGGAGGCAGAUGCACUAGCAGAACAAGCUGAGGGCAAGGCUGGCUCCAAGAUGACUUCUCUCAAAGUCCAAUGUCCUGAGAAGGGCACACAAAGAAAAACCUGGAGAACUGAAAGCCCUUGAAACUGAGAUUGAUGCUAAAGGGGAUGAACUCAGACAUAUGUAGGGUUAGGUUGUAUGUACAAAUGUUGUGUUGGGAAUAUGGAUAUCAGAAGUUAUAUCAUCCAUAAGUAUUUUCAUCUGUUUUAAUGAUGAGUUUCUUUGAUAUAUAAGUGUAUCAAAAAAUAAAAAGGAAGAAUUGU